AUGAGUAGUAAGAGUGAGAAGAGAAAGAGGAUAAAGAAAUGGAUUAAGGAAGAAUGGCAGCGAGAAUGGGACAACAGUAUGACUGAGCGACUGUUAUACAGGUUCUGUAGAACAGUCGGGUAUGAGUCACUGGAUCUGUCGAGGAAGGCAGUCCAGCUGUUUACGGGGCACGGUAACUUCCCGGGAUACUUGGCUAGGUUUAACCUGGCGCGGGAGGUGCCGUGCCCAUGUGGACGGGGGGAGCCUGAAACGGCAGAACAUGUGAUAGAGAGAUGUAUGGACGGCGAUAGAACUGGGUGGCGCGAAUGGAAAGAGCGGCUGGAACAAGAGAAGGGAGGAAUACAGAUGAAAGACAGGAAUGGAAGGAGAAAUGAACGGAUACGUGUGGCGAAUGAGUGGGCAGAGAGUGUCGUGAGAGAUGAGAGGGAUGGAUGA